AAGAAAGAUAGCCAGGGCACUUUCCGUAAGGGCGAGGGACGGCUGCCCGGGUCGCGGGCGGGCGGCUGAGAGGGCGGCACCGCCCCCGCUCCCGUUUGCCAGGCGCGCCCAGUGCGCAGCCGCACUGGUUCAAAACAGUUUGUUGCUCACGUCGAAGAAGCCGCUUCCGUUUCCAACGCCGCAUUCCGGCCACACCUGCCUGCGCCGGAGCCCCAGCUCGCUCCGCCGCCUGACCCGCCUGAGGAGAACCCCGCGCUCCGCCGCCUCAGCAAGCCAUGUCCGCCGAGGAUUAUGUAUCUGUGAAUGUUGAGGAUGAUGUUCAACCAGUGAUUAUUGACCAUGGAGAAAAUGGACUGUCCACACAAAGCUGCGUGCCAAUGGAACAAAACUCUGAUGUAAACAGUGUUGCUCACCAUGUGGCUCAGCUUGCCUAUGGAAGCGAAGGCUUAUCAGUGCUAGCUGAACGAGUGGGAUCACAAAUGAACCAUUCUGCAAGUAUGCAGAGAGGAAAUGGUCACAGCCCUGAAAAAAUGGAUUUUAUGUUUUCCCAUAAUAAAAGAAAACGACUUGCCCCUACUCUAGUGGGACAGAGCAUGAUGAGAACCAGGGAAGGAGAAUAUGAAGACAGUGACAGUGUCAUUUAUGAGUAUGAACAAGACUAUGAAUGUGGGAGUAUUGUAUCUGAAGCUUCCUACACUGAAGCUUCCUACAUUGGAGAUCAGCAGAAAACUCUUAUGGAGGUCCUCAGUUAUUGCCAGGCCAUGUAUGAUGCCAUUCAGAAACUGGAUAAAAAAUUUGACCUACUUCAUCGGAAAGUCUCAGAAAUGCAGCAUACUCGUGUAAAGCCACUGUUGCUCAAACCUAAACCAGUUGGAUUUACAUACAGAAGUUCCAGUCAUUUGCCCCAAGGAAAACUAAGAAUACAAAAAUCCAUGGAAAGGGAAUCAAGUCUUCAUCUCUCUUCACCAGGCCAGGGAAGGCAUAGCCCUGUAGUAAGGGUUACUUUACAAAAUGGCCAUGUUCAGAUCAAUUCCCCAGUAAAACAUGUUCAACAGAGUCUUCCGAUUGAAUUGCAGCAGCCUGUUCAUAGGCAGAGCCCACCACUCCCCACUAUAGUUUCUACGCAUUCGUUGCAUUCAUCAUACACAGCAGCUAACAGGAUGCCUGACCUCUGUCCACAAUCAAAUCUUGUAGCCAGCGUUGUGGAAAGUACUGUCAAUGUUGCAUCUUCACCAGUGGCAUCGUCAUCGAUGCCAGCACCGUCUGAAACCAGUCUGGGAAAUAGCGACGUGGUGGUGAACUACAGGAAUGCAUCUGGAAAAGCGAACAAUAGUAGGGAACAACCAUCUUCUUCAGUCUCCAUCAAUCCUAGCUUUGAGUUUGUUGGUGACCCAGUGAGAAAUGUAAAAGUUCUUGGAAACUAUUUGAUGAAAGCUCGGCAAAAGACUAAACCAAAGUAUGCAGCGCGCUACUUAGUUCGUGUCUUGUUUCCCAAGGAAACAUUAUUGUGCAGCGUUAUGGGAGUUGGUGCACGAGGGCGCAGAACAUUGGAUCCAAACAAAAUUGCUGCAAUAAGAGAAUUUCUUGCAACUAACUUUCCAAACUAUGAUUUGAGCGAGUAUGGAAAAGACUGGAAAACGUGUAUCACAAAUGUCAAUGCUAUGAUCCGCUGUUUACGCUCUGAAACAAUAAUAAAACCAGAGACGGCUGAAGGGAAAGAAAAAGUGUCUGAUGCUCCAGAUACAUCUCAUUACGUAGAUUUAAAUUAUAAUGAAGAUAGUGAAGGCAAUUCUCAGAACUGUCAGAAAAUGACCAACUCCACAACUGACACAUCGCAGAAUUCAGGAUUGGAUAAAUUACCAGAAGCUUUCCACACACCUUCAGUCAAGAAAUCACAGUCUUUGGAACCUAUGGAACUUCUUGGAAGUCCAUGGCGCAAUGUCCAGUUGCCUUUCUCGGUCAUUUAUGUAGCUAAGGGGAAGUCUCGGCCAGAGUUGUCAGCUCGCUACCUAAUUCGUCAUAUGUUCACUGAAGAUGUGCUGGUAAAAAGCAAUGUAUAUGGUAAUCUUGAACGUGGCAUGAGACCACUGGACUGCAACAGAAUUAAUGCUCUCAGAGACUUCCUUCAAGAGAAUUAUCCAUCCUUUGACCUAAAGGAAACUGGAUAUGAUUGGAAGGCAUGCGUGGCUGCCAUAAACAGCACAAUCCGCAGUCUCAGACAUGACCAUAAAAAGGCUACAGUUGGAAUCCGCCGGAAGGCCUUGGCAGUGCCAUCGAGUGCAAAGACUCCUCCACAGAGUCCCACUUCAGUAAAGCCAUUUGAAAAUGACACUAUCAAUCUCAUGGACUGAAGCUCUCUAACAUCUAUCUCAAAGUUUAAUUUAGCAGAUUUUUAUAACUUCCACAUAGAUGCUUAUUACAUUGAGUUGUCCUAUUAUACUGUGUUGUCAGAAGCACUAAAUGCAUUAUUUCAUGAGACCAAAGUUAGCAGGAGACUUGGGAACCCUAACUCCUUGUAUAAGUAGCACCUGUGCUUCUCAGAAAUUACUUCCGCUGUUACCUGUAGCAUUUGCAAUGUCCUCUCCCCUAAAAGCACCUUCUCUGAUUCAUCAACUCUGAAAGAUUAAUCUGAUUAGAAAAGACUCGCUGUGCAUCAAGUCAGCAGUAGCCGAUAGAAACGUGGAGAGGAAAGCAUGGUCCUCCUUGGAGGAAGACUCAUAGCCAGCUAAAUUAUCUCAUUAUGUGUGAGGAAUUAAAUUUGCUUUGACAAUUGAAUAUUUUAAGCAAAAAUUUCUAAUGCAGAAAGGAAAAAAAAUGUUUCACUGCAUCUAGUUAACUUGUUAUGUCUCACUUUUUUUGCCUUCUAUAGCAGUCUUUGUUGUAGGAUAAGGAAAGAGGCAGGCAACAAUGUGAGUACAGUUGCUAAUAUUUUUCUUUGCUUUGAUUUAUCUCUACAAAAUCACAAGAAAAGCAUUCAGAACAAAUGAUCAGUUUUCUCUUUUCUUGAUGAAAAUUAAAGAAAAUACUUCUUCAGGGACUUGGUCUGCUGCUCAGUGGCAUAUAUCUCAUACCAUAUAUCUCUACAAAAUCACAAGAAAAGCAUUCAGAACAAAUGGUCUAAUGAUCAGUUUUCUCUUUUCUUGAUGAAAAUUAAAGAAAAUACUUCUUCAGGGACUUGGUCUGCUGCUCAGUGGCAUAUAUCUCAAACCCAGGACAUAAGAGGGAACAUCCUGUGUUUCAGUUUGUGGCCAUUGCCUCUGGUCCUGUUACUGGGCAUGACGUAGAAGAGCCAGGCUUCAUUUUCUUUGCAACAUCCCUUUAGAUAUUUAUAAACAUUGAUGAGGUCCUUUGUGAGCCUUUUCUCCAGACUGAACAGUCCCAGUUAUUUUUUCUUCCACUCUCCAUAUGCUUCCUCUGAGUUUGUCUAGAAGCUCCUUGUUCAUUCACACAAGCAUCCUGGCGUUUUUGCCUUCCUUCUUGUUUGUUGAGAUGCAUCUCUCUGCAGUUUGGAGGAUGCUUGAAUUUUAACCAACUUUCUUGGGUCCAUCUUCUCUCCUUAAUCCCAUUCUGAUCACUGAAGCUAAGACUGCUUUUUGACCUUCACAUUCUCAACAAGCCUUUCAUUGUAGGUGAGUAUGAGGUCCAGUGAAGCACCUCUCCUUGUUGGCUCCUCUGUCAAUUGGAGGUAGAAAUUAUUGUCAGGAAUAAAUAUUCAUGCUCUUAUCUUUCCUUUUUGUCCACUCAACACUUAGAUUUACUAGUGCACUGAAUUACGUAUUUAAAAAAAAAAAAAAAAAAGAAACCAAACUAACUAGUUUUUAAAAGCACUUGGAUGUUGAACUCAUAAAAUAAAUAAAAAAUAAUGACUACAUAUAUUCAAUUUCACAUCCCCCUCAGUUUCAUUUGUAAGUUGAAAUUCAGCAGCAGUAACUGUACACAAGUUAAUGGCUUUUUUUGUUGGGUGGGUUCUUUCUUUGUUCCUUGUGGGUUCCUUGGUUGUGUGGUUUGGUUUUGGGUUUUUUUGGAUUGUUUGUUUUCACAGGAGGAAGUAUUUGGUAUAUGCCUUUCUGUUGCUUAUUUUUCCUGCAUUAGUCACACAGUCCUCACUAUGUAUUGGCUACCUAGUGCAUGAACUUGCCACUGAGUGUAGUCUCAGAUGCCCAACUUUUUCCCAGAAAGAAGCUUCUCAGAAGGCUGACACAGGGAACCAACUUCACCUCUGAAAGUUGAUGCAAUUGUGGCUUCUAAAAUUAUGCCUGUGUACAUAGCAGAACAAGAUUUAACUAAAUCUGUCCUCUCCAUGGCAAAGAUUUCAUGGUUUGUGUUUUUGUUAGCAAUAGGAUAAAAUAUUGAAGUUACUUGUUCUCACUUCUAUUCAUAACAAACAGUCAGUGUUUUUUUAUAUACAGCAUAGGAUCAGCUUUUUUAUUGCAAGUUAGGAUAUGCAAAGGCCUUAUCGGGUAUGACAUUAAUAAUUUAAGUUUUCCGUACUAGAAGUUUUCUGUAAAAUUUAAGAAAUAGGCUGAAUUUCUGAUUUUUUUUUUUUUUUUUUUUUUUACUAGAAAUGUUGUACUGCAAGUUUGAUCAUUCUGGUUUACUACUAACAAAUUCUGCUGUUACUGUUCUAUACAAUAGUUCUUGUGAAUGCUAAGAACUUUGUUGUGUGUAGAUAUUACUAGUUCCAAACAUCAGAAAAAGCAAAAAAUGCUUAUAUUUUUUCAGUAGUUUUAUGAAACUUUUUCACUGUACUUCACAGAUUUUAAUGGUAGAACAAUAUAUUUAUUGAAUGACCUGUCUGGCACUGAAAUCUGUUAGAGUGAUACAUACCUAUAGCUCCCAUAUUGAAAAGAAAACUGAUUAAUUGAAUAAAAGUAGGAAUAGUUUUCUUGUUUCUGUUUCAAAUGUAUCAAUUUUUGGUAACUUUUAUAAAAUAAAAUUACAGUAUUUUGCUGUUAGGAAUAAAGUAUUUUACAAAUAAAACUAGCAUAUAGCUCCUUGACUA